UUUCAGGCUGCUUCAACAUUAGAUUUAGAAAUGACAUCGCGGAUAUGGUGCCGCACCUAUAGCCCUCCAUUAUUGCUGCUUCUGUUGUUGAUCAGUCUACCAGUAGCUGAGUCUAGUAUUCGACUAUGUGGAGUGCGACUAACACGAACUCUAAUGGCUAUCUGCAGGAAUCAAUUAUGCGGUUAUUCGCAAAGUAAAAGAUCUACUAUGUGGGAGGAGCCUCGACUGGAAACCGUGCACUCAACAAUGAAGCGAUCGGGAAUAGCCACCGAAUGCUGCGAGAAUCGGUGCUCAUUUAGUUACUUAAAAACAUACUGCUGCAACACCUAGCCUUUACAUCUUCAGUGGUUUCUAUUUCUUCUCCAGUGAUCUCUCUCCGUUAUCUGUAUAACCGAUCAUAGCCAUUCUGGAAAUGCGGAUGCUUAGGCCACUUUGUUGUAGACUUUUGCCGCAUGAAUUAUUUGCUGUUCGUCGUUAUCUCACAAACGUGUAAAAGAUCUCAUUUUUUAAACGUCUAUUUUGUUUGAGCUGCACAUUAAAUCGUU